AGGGUUUGGACACAGGCUUGGGUCACUCUGGGCUAAAACCCUGUGAAGGAACGAAGGGAGCACCAUGGACAAGAGUAUGCUUGGAGAUCUUGAUUCUCUUCCCGAGGAAGAUAAGCUGAAGAUGGCAGCCAUGAUCGACCAACUUCAGAUCCGCGACAGUCUGAGAAUGUAUAAUACCUUGGUGGAAAGAUGCUUCAAGGAUUGUGUGGACACUUUUCGGCGCAAGUCUCUUGAUAAGCAGGAAGAGACAUGUGUUCGCCGGUGCGCGGAGAAGUUCUUGAAACAUUCGAUGCGUGUUGGGUUGAGGUUUGCAGAGCUUAACCAAGGCACGGCAACGCCAGAUUAAGCUGCUUGAUUUUUUGAGAACUUCUAUUUUCUGGUUAGACAUGUUUUUCUGUCCAAAUGUGAUUUUCUGCCUCUCCUUUUGAGAGGAAUCUAAAUCAUUAAAGUUGGAAGAUGUCCCAGUAAUGAUUAGACUGAUCUUGCUCAUAAAGGGCGUGAGAGGCCACAUUUCUACCAAUGCAGAUUUCUUUUCUUUUACUACGAUAUAAACUUGCGCUGCUGCGAAUGUUAUGGCAAUUCAUGUGAACUGAUCUUUUGAUGGGAUUUUCCUGUAUUAGUUUCAUGCAAGAGAUUGCUCUUGAUUUUGUAUUUUCA